AGUGCAUACCUUCAUAUUUUCCAAAUCGAAAUUUUUGGUUCGUUCUUGUUCCUUCGGACAGAUUUUGUCUGGAAUUACAGGAGCAUAAUUUUUCCAUUUCGCUAUUGCCAUUUUAUCUAUUUUCACCCAUCUUUAUAUUUAUGGUAGCUAGCAGCUGAUUAUUCUGCGGAUAUAAUGGCGUCGAAGCUGUUGCGAUUGUCGUCGGGAGUUCUGACGCAGGCCACACGGAGACCUUCGCUGGUGUCGCAGCGUUUCAAGUCUCCCUUAGCGUUCAAUGAACGGCCCAGCCUGAACGUGCCGGAGACCCGCGUGACGACGCUGUCCAAUGGCCUGCGUGUGGCGUCGGAGGACUCAGGAUUGCCCACUUGCACCGUGGGGUUGUGGAUCGAUGCGGGCAGUCGGUAUGAGAAUGAGAAGAAUAACGGUGUGGCGCAUUUUCUGGAACACAUGAUCUUCAAAGGCACCAAUUCCCGAUCACAACAACAACUAGAAAUGGAAGUGGAGAACAUGGGUGCGCAUUUGAAUGCCUACACCUCGCGUGAGCAGACGGUGUACUAUGCCAAAUCCUUCUCCAAGGAUCUGGAGAAGGCCGUGAAUAUUCUGUCGGAUAUCACGCAGUACAGCACUUUCGGGGAGGAUGAGAUUGACCGCGAACGGGGCGUUAUCCUGCGGGAAAUGCAGGAAGUGGAGACCAAUCUGCAGGAAGUAGUCUUUGACCAUCUGCACGCCACGGCCUACCAGGGCACGCCGCUGGGACGCACCAUCCUCGGACCCACCCAGAAUAUUCAGUCAAUUUCCCGCCAGGAUAUUACCGACUAUAUUAAUAAUCAUUAUAAAGCGCCGCGGAUUGUUCUAGCGGCUUCCGGAGGUGUCAACCACGAACAGCUCGUGUCCCUGGCUGAAAAGAAUUUUGGCUGCAUUGGAAUUACUUAUCCCGGGGAGAUCCCGCGGCUGGAUCCCUGCCGUUUCACUGGAAGCGAGAUUCGCGUUCGGGAUGAUGAUAUGCCUUUAGCGCAUGUUGCCAUCGCUGUGGAGAGUGUCGGCUGGGCACAUCCGGACAAUAUUCCCCUGAUGAUUGCCAAUACCAUUGUGGGCAGCUGGGAUCGAUCACACGGGGCAGGCGCGAAUGUGGCCAGUCGGUUGGCGCAAAAUGUGGCGCCGUUAAACCUCUGCAACAGCUUCCAGUCCUUCAACACCUGCUACACCGACACCGGCCUGUGGGGCGUGUACUUCAUUGUGGACCGCAUGAAGAUCGAUGAUUUCAUCUACAACCUGACGAACGAGUGGAUGCGUCUGUGUAACAGUGUAACGGACUUCGAAGUGGAACGGGCCAAGAACUUCCUCAAGGCCAAUAUUCUCCUGCAACUGGACGGCACGACACCCAUCUGCGAGGAUAUUGGUCGGCAGAUGCUGUGCUACGGCCGUCGAAUCCCCUACAUCGAAAUGGAAGCCAGAAUUGAUGCGGUGGAUGCAAAUAUUGUCCGUGAAACAUGUACUCGAUACAUUUAUGAUCGCUGUCCGGCUGUGGCAGGUGUUGGACCUAUUGAAGCUUUGACCGACUACAACCGACUCCGUAGCAGCAUGUACUGGGCACGUUGGUGAUCAGGGAAAACUAUAACAUUAUGGUUAUCUUUUACUAACGGAAAGUGGUACUGAUGUUUGUACAAAAUUAUCGGUUUCUGUCGACCUGCACAUUUAUGAAAAUGGGAUGAAAGACGUUGUGAACUUGUGCGGUGAAUGUCAAUGUUCAGUAGUCACGUAGUGCGAUUAAUUUCUGCAACAUUUACUUCGAAAAUGGUUGAAUGUGAAUCCAACAUAAAAGUAUUUGAUUACAAA